AAUAUCCGUGGCGCGCUGUGACCGCGCUUUUUCACAACAAUUUAGAGCAAUUGAAACCAUUUUUCAUUAAUUUAGUAUCAAGAAGUACCUACUUAGGUUAACGCAUCUUAUUAUGGCCAGUCAAAGUCAGGGUAUACAGCAAUUAUUAGUUGCUGAAAAAAGGGCGGCAGAAAAAGUUUCCGAGGCUAGAAAACGAAAAACAAGAAGAAUAAAGCAAGCUAGAGAAGAAGCUGCAGCUGAGAUAGAACUCUACAGAAAAGAAAGGGAAAGACAAUUUAGAGAAUAUGAAAUCAAAUAUAUGGGUUCUAAAGAAGACGCAGCUGCUAAAAUUGAGAAAGAUACUGAACGUUAUAUGUUUCAGUUAGAUGAGAGUGUCAAGCAUAAUAAGGAGGCUCUUAUUUUGGAUUUAAUUGGUUUGGCCAUUGACGUGAAGCCCGAGGUUCAUCGUAAUUAUGCCAUCAUGAAAACAUUCAACAAAAUAUAAUCAGCUAUUAAGUUGAACAUUGUUAUUUUUACUCUAAUAUAUUAUUGUGGAGUUCCAGUAGUUUAUAGGAAUAAAAUGUUAUGUAGGUGCAGUUGAUAUAUCGUUAAAAGAAACAUAUUACCAUUUUUAAAACUCAAUAGGUUAAGAAAAUUUUAAGUUAAUUACACAAAAUAAGAUGUCAUAAUUACUGUAAUCUUAUCUGAGACGUAAACGUCCUAAUGUUACGUGCAAGUAAAA